CACUGGCCGGAAGUAGGGCGGGGGAGAGACGGCGGUUAUGGCGAUGGCGGAGAAGUUCGACUCUCUGGAGGAGCAUUUAGAGAAGUUCGUGGAGAACAUCCGGCAACUCGGCAUUAUCGUCAGCGACUUCCAGCCCAGCAGUCAGACUGGUCUCAACCAGAAAUUGAAUUUCAUGGUGACGGGCUUGCAGGAUAUCGACAAAUGCCGGCAGCAGCUUCACGAUAUCAGCGUGCCCUUGGAAGUCUUUGAAUACAUAGAUCAAGGCCGCAAUCCUCAACUCUACACUAAAGAGUGUCUGGAGCGAGCUUUGGCUAAAAACGAGCAAGUAAAAGGAAAAAUUGACACAAUGAAGAAAUUUAAAAGUCUGUUAAUUCAAGAACUGACAAAAGUGUUCCCAGAAGACAUGGCAAAGUAUAAAGCUAUUCGAGGAGAAGAUCCUCCUCCUUAAGUUGGCCUUCGAUAACUCUAAAAAUGUCAGUUCCAUAAAAACAUUGAUUGAAGAGAGGGGGAAAUCCAAGCCUUCAUAACAACUAUACUAAAAAUGGCAAUGAUGGACUGUGAAGGAGCUUGAUGAUUUUCCCACAAAGCGCAUUUCUAGAGCAGAAAAUCAUGGGCUUUGUCUUCUGAAAAGCGUGCUCCAGGAUUGUAGGGUCAUCUGGUUUUUAAGAGAAACGAAUUUAUUAUACUUGAUUACUUUUCAUUAGUAAAUUGCUUUUUUUAUUACAGGACAAACAAUUGACUGCUUUAAUCUUGCUAAAUUCUACUGAGCAGGAGCCUGUCAAGGGCUGCAGUUCUUAUGUGUCAUCAUGACUUGCAGCCAAGAGAACCUUCAGAUGUUUUUGUUUUGCUGUAUGAGCUGCAGUGCAGAUGGCUGAGGAUGUAGAAAGUAAGUGUAUUAGGGGACUAGUUCCUCAGUGUUAAUACUUUGUAUAGUAUUUAAUGUAAGCUUUUGUUUAAUUCUGCUCAUUUUCUGUAGCUGGUUGUUGAAUAAAAAUUUGAAAAAACUUAAA